AGUUGUGAUGGAAAGAAGGAGAGACGGGAGUCAGUUAGUGAAAUAUUCACCAUGAGUAACGUCCGGAAGGUCUGCAUGUUCAUCUCGCUCGCUUUAUUCAUCACUAAUGAAGCUGUCACAGUGCGGAGAGUGUUUGUGCCCAAAGAGCACUUCCUGUUGCUGUCGUGUGACGGCCAAUCAGACGUAGAGUGGAGACAUGGAGGUACGGGUCUGAUGAAUGUGAACAGCACAAAGCAGAAAUUCUUUUCAGACGGGAUGCUGUACAUCAGUGACAUAGAAACGAGAGACUCGGGCCUGUACUACUGCAACAGCCGACUCAUAGCACACGUCACCGUACUCACAGGUUAUGAUGCUGUUGUGUGUGAAGGUGGAACUCUGUAUCUGCGUUGUACGUUGCCUAAACAGCGCUGGGCUUUUAAACACACCGCCGAAUCGAAGAAAGAGUUCAUCUCUACACGCUUCAAGAACGGAACAGUCUUAAAGGAACGGCCGGAUCCAGACUCACGCUUCACACACACUUCAAACCAUCUACAGAUCCUCAACAUACAGUGGCUCGACUCAGGGACGUACUUCUGCAGCGGCAAAGACAUCGCUGCUGUUACUGUCACAUCAGAGAGCAACACACAAUGGUGUCCUACUGCAGAAACAACAGAAUCGGGAAAUAACAUUCCUCAGAAGUCUGGAAAUGUGGUGCUGGUUGCCGUCCUCGCUCUGUGUGUGUUAGCUGUGGUUACAGUCGUUCUGCUGUCGGUGAUCAUGUGUCUGAAGUUCAGCAGCAGAAAAAAAACUACAGCCUCCAAUCCAGAGGAAAGUGUGCAGCGUCUGCAGAAGACCCACAGUACCGGUGCUGAUGCAGUGACGCUUCAGUCAGCAGAUCGAUUGAGGAGCUAUAAUGAUGAGAUCCACUAUGCGUCACUGGGGAAGCAGAACUGGAGAGCUCGAGGCUGGAAUCAGCAAAGCAGGCAGCAAGUCAUUUACUCCACACUGCUGCUGACCCCUAAACACACACCUACACACACACCAUAGAACACACACACACACACACACACACACACCUACACACACACCAUAGAACACACACACACCAUAACACACACACACCAUAACACACACCAUAGAGCACACACACACACACACCUACACACACACCAUAGAACACACACAC